AUUAUAGAUUAAAUAAGCUCUACUUACCAUAUUCAUUGCAUAUUAAUUGGCUAGUGUGUAGAUAGCUAGAGAGUUUAUCGCUGUUGCAGCAAAUGUCUAAGAAGGCCUCCUGAUACAGCACAGCAACUGAGAGUUGUCAUGGAGAAAAGACGGCCGGUCUACUCCCAGAAAGAUAGAGUAGGCUCAUUUUGAAACUCAGCAGUCAAGGACCUCGAGAUCGAAGAACAAGUUGCAGAGGCUCGAGAAUGGCUGCAAGAACAAGCGGCCUUCAAGGCCUAUCUGGAAGCCAUUAAAAAUAGCGAAAUCCCGGGCACUCGGGACAUGGGGGUGUUUGGGGUUCCUUACACCCAGCAGUUCCAUCUCGUGAAACUGCUUGACAGGGAGACAGGAGCCCAAAAAGAUGCGAAGAAGCCGACGUUGGACGGGCCGAACGAAGAGCUCGUCAACUCGGCCCUCCUCUCAUUUUUGACUGCCGUGUGCUUCGGCCACCCAGCUGUCAAAUCAUACUGGUCUCCACGUCGGGCUACCUUGACGGCCAAGUUUAGAAAGGGGGCUGAGGCAGGGAAACCUAGCCUUAGUUGCCAGGUUGACGGGUUUCUGGUUUCUUCGGCUGGCCACACACAGGUCCUUAUUGAGGCCAAGUCCAGGGACCGAUGUGAGCAUGAGCCAAACGUUUCCUGGCAGGAGACGUAUGAGAUUGUCUCUGCUCUUCUGACGCCUACCCCCAAAGGCCUCCCCAAGAAUGGGUGAGUCUCUUUUCCCUUGUGGUCAUAGCAAACCCCUAGAAUAUCAUCUCAAGUACCAAUUUUUACCCCAGUUUGGUUUUGAUUGCGGGCGACGGCAAGGAGAUGUACAUUCUUCAUGCCAUCUGUGACGACGAGUACGAGGAGUAUUUGUUGGGCUUGAAAAGGUCCUGCAAAAACGACAAGUUCUUGAAAAUCAACAAAUACGGGCCGUGGCGAAU